AUGAUGGUAUACGUUCCAUCCCCACACUUCUUGUUAAGUCUCUUUCGUAUUCUGCUCAAUACCUUUAUCCCUUCCGCUGGAGGCCAUCCGCUACUUGCACAAGCUCAUGCGAUAUGGCGUAAUGAACCUACACAUUCCAACAAUAUCUUUAUGAGCGGCCUGGUCCGGUAUAUUGUUGGACAUGUCUUGGUGUCUAUUCUGAUACUUGAGAGUGUGGAGAAGCAAGCUCUCGGCUCAUUUUCUGACCUCAGAGACAAAAAAGCUGGUCCAUCCAGCCGUCAACUAUUCCAAACCAUCGCCACCCUCUACCGCACGGGCAAUCUCCGUCUCCUGUUGAAUGGAAUUGGCUCCGCAUGUAGCUACUGGGCAAAGCACUUGUGCACGAAGCAAAUGUUGACCAGAGCAAUAUUCCUUCCUCGUCCGGUCGCGUACGUCGUAGCCUCGGUGCUGCUAGCUGAAGAUCGUUUCUUGUGGAACGCGCGCACCAUACUUCCGCGCGACCAGCAACGCUUUGUGCCGAACUCUCGCGAUCGCCAACGAUGGAAAGCUUUGGUGCCGGCCACAGCACUACAUGCGGUGGCUGAAUCAUUCAUGAUGCAUUUUCCUGCCCUAUUCAAAAGCGACCUCGCCUCAUCCGCUAGCACAGAUGUCACAAAAGCGCACUUGUCAGGCAUCGUGGGAUUCGAGAUCUUAGUGUCAGGAGUCAUGCUCGCCGCACAGUUCUUGCUUCUUUUCCCUUCGUUUAUAGCGUUGGUUCUCGUUCAGACCAGUCUAUUGCCGUCCGUCUGUGAGACGUUGGUCUCUACGCCGGUGAACCCAGGGGGGCGGCAGCAGCAGCGGGGCAGACGUGUUGGGGAGAUAUUUGCAGCGUUCAAUAGGGUCUCACUUCGGGUACAGGAGGUGGUGAAGAUCAUCGGAGCAACAUAUGUAUUAUGGUGUGUCGAAUUGCACGCAAAGAUGUGCUUGUGUCUGAUAGGGGUUUCUGCUGUGGUGCAGGUCGCCAUUUAUGAUAUGAAGUGACGUCUCACGCCUGGCAAAUGAUUAGAGACAGUGGUGCGCUUCAGGGGUUCUCUUUUGUCGAUAUCGGUUUCACACCCGCGACGUCUAGAUCUCAUAUUAAUGACCCCACGAGAUAGUCCACGAAGUCAUCGGGGAUAUCUCAAUCAAAGUGCUCCGCAACAUGGUGCGCAACAGCAGCCUCAUCGCCCUCAAACACGUCACAAACCGGGCACCGAAUAACCCCUGCAUCCAUACUACCUACCCUUUCCACACCAGGAACCACCACCUCAUCAACACCAUCCACAGUCCCAUCAGCAC